CAUUGCUUUGCUUUGUUUCAGGGAAACCUUGUGGAUUUUCUGAAGCUAACAGGAUGGCGAGGAUCCAAGGUGUUCUAUUUUGGAGAUCAUCUCUACAGUGACUUGGCAGACCUGAUGCUGCGUCAUGGGUGGAGGACAGGCGCGAUCGUGCCUGAACUUGAGGUGGAGACGAAGGUGGUGAACACAGACCAGUACGCUCAAAGUCUCACGUGGUUGCAGGCGCUCACCGGACUGCUGGAGCGCAUGCAGAUGCAUCGGGAUCCUGAGUCCAAGAAGGUUCUGCAGGAGUGGCUGAAAGAGAGAGAGGAGCUACGGGCAGUCACCAAGAACCUCUUCAACCCUCACUUUGGCAGCAUAUUCCGUACCUGCCACAACCCCACCUAUUUUUCCCGCCGCCUGUGCCGUUUCUCAGACCUCUACAUGGCCUCUAUCAGCUGCCUGCUGAACUACGACCUCUCAUACACCUUUUACCCUCGCCGAACGCCCCUGCAGCACGAAGCCCCCCUCUGGAUGGACCAGCUCUGCACUGGUUGCAUGAAGACGCCCUUCUUAGAAGAGAUGGCCCAUAUUCGUUAAAACCACCAAAGGUUUAAUGUGCAAAUAUGAACAGAAAAGUGAAAUGGGGGGGUGGGGGGGGGGCCUCUGGCAUUGGAG